AUGGAAAGCCAACAAAACCCUCCUUCUUCUUCAACCUUACUCGUCGAAGACAACACGGCUGAGGUAGAGAAGAAGGAGACGACGACAAUCCCACCAAACCCUAAUUCCCAAACGUGCAAAACAAACAACACAAAGCGCAAGAGACGUGCCGUGCAAGAGAGUAGUACUACUACUGCUGGUAGUAUAUCCAAGAAAGCAAAAGUUGUUUCGUAUUCAUGGAAAGGGAAAGAAGCUCCAGAGUGGCUUUUUGAGUUGAUUAAAGACAUGGAGGAACAAAGGGAGAGCCUCAGAACUUAUCCGGUCCUGCCUAGGGCCUUCAGUCUCAGAAGCCCCGAGGCUCAUCUUUGA